AUGUCAACACUCGAAUCCGCCGGCCUUUCGGGCGUAUAUGCCUCGGGCCAAACCGGCCAUCCGGACCUGCGCUUGAUCCAUUACAAUGACGUCUAUCAUGUAGAACCUGGAUCUGCGGAACCCAUUGGCGGGGUACCUCGAUUCCAGUCGCUUGUGAACUAUUAUCGGUCCGACGCGCAGUUUGCCGGACAGCCCGGAAUCCUCACGUUCUUCUCGGGUGAUGCAUUCAAUCCUAGUAUUGAAAGCACUGUAACCAAGGGAAGGCAUAUGGUUCCGUUUCUCAACGCCAUUGGGACGGACGUCGCCUGUGUGGGAAAUCAUGACCUUGACUUUGGAGUCGCGCAAUUUCGGCAUUUGGCCGGCCAAUGUCAUUUCCCGUGGCUUCUUGCGAAUGUCUUGGACCCGGCUCUGGGUGAUGGCGUUCCUAUUGCCAACUGCGGGAAGACGACCAUGCUGACCUCCUCCAACGGCAUCAAGAUAGGAGUCAUUGGACUUGGAGAGCGAGAGUGGCUCGGGACUAUCAAUUCUCUCCCACCCAAUCUGAUUUAUAAAUCAGCAACCGAGACGGCCAAGGAACUGGCUCCGCAACUCCGGGAGCAAGGGGCAGAGGUUAUUAUUAUAGUUUCUCAUCAACGGGAGCCCAAUGAUGAAAAGCUUGCGAGAAACCUCCCCCCGGGACUGGUCGAUAUCAUCUUGGGUGGACACGAUCAUUAUUAUGCUCAUAACGUCAUCAAUGGCGUCCAUGUCCUUCGCUCAGGAACAGAUUUCAAACAGCUGAGCUACAUCGAAGCUUUCCGCAAGUCGGACAAAUCAACUGGCUGGGACUUCAACAUCGUGAGACGCGACGUUGUGCGUUCGAUCCCUGAGGACCCUGGAGCGAUGAGCAUGGUCGACCGUCUCACGUCCAGUCUCAAAUCCAAGUUGGAUAAACCUAUCGGGUAUACAGCGAUUGCGUUGGAUGGCCGGUUUUCUACUGUUCGACAACGUGAGUCUAAUCUCGGCAAUUUCGUCUGCGAUCUCAUGCGCUUCUAUCAUAAUGCCGAUUGUGCUAUGAUGGCCGGAGGGACUAUCCGUGGUGAUCAAAUCUAUUCACCGGGAAUAUUAAGAUUGAAAGAUCUCUUAAACUGCUUUCCGUUUGAAGACCCGGUCGUUCUUCUCCGGCUCAAUGGCAAGGCUUUACUGGAAGCCAUAGAGAACGGCGUUAGUACCCUUCCGGCUCUUGAAGGCCGCUUUACCCAGGUAUCGAACAUCGCAUUCGGGUUCAAAGCAGACCGCCCACCAGGAUCACGAGUGACAUUUGCGCGCGUCGGGGGCGAACCCAUCGACUUACAGCGUAUGUACACCGUUGCCACGCGUGGAUACAUGGCUCGCGGAAAGGAUGGGUUUUCAUCUCUCUUGGUUAAAUCUGAAGGCGGCGAGGUAGAAGAGCUGGUUUGCGAAGAGAAUGGAGUCUUGAUAAGCACGAUUCUGCGCCAAUAUUUCCAGAGCCUAAAGGUUCUAGGGAAAUGGCGUUACUGGAGUCCAAGUCUCCAUCGCCACUGGGGCGCAGUACAUCGCAGCCUGCACGGCAAAGGAUAUCUGAAGCCACCCUCUGCAUUCGCAUCUCCUAUAUCGGAGAAGACUCCCAAGCAUCCAUUGACUGAUCGACCACCGCUCAGUCGAACUGGCCGUCAAUCUUACUAUUACGGUCGCUUUCCCAAAGAAGUGGAGCGGCCCACCCCGCAUCCCGAAGAUGGAAUUCAUAGCAGCGAUGCCAUGGACUCCGAUUCGGAUGACGACCCAGAUGUUCUCACCUCGCCUCGCGCUGUAACAAACUAUGUGACACAGCCUGCUCGGUCUUCGGCAGAAGAAGAAUAUCGUCUUCAGCUGGCACGCCGGGUGGUUCGAAAGUGGAUGCGCCAUGCGGGCCUCCAUCCCACGGUUCUGGACGAGAUAGAAGGGGAAGGGGAACUCACGCCUCCUUGGACGUCCGCCAUCUUACCUCGCCUCGAGGGUCGCAUCGUGGUGGAAUGA